CCCCACGGAAAGGGAGGCUGCCGGGACUCCCGCUUUGGCUUCGCCCCCCCACCCCCCAGUCAUUGGGCAGCUGCCUUUGGAGGCCUUCUGCCCGUCUCUGGGGUGCAAGGGCCGGCGCGGGCCAAGCGAUGGCGCUGCUCGUCCACCUGCUGGCGUGCGUCUUCGGGACGGGCUCCUGGGUGGCCAUCAACGGCCUGUGGGUGGAGGUGCCCGGCCUGCCCUCCUACCUCACCAUCACCAUCCAGCUGGCCAACGUGGGGCCGCUCCUGUUCACCCUGCUGCACAGGUUCAGGCCUGGGCUGCUGAGCGAAGUGCCCGUCAUCUACGGCGUGGUGGCCGUGGGGACCCUGGCCUGCCUGCUCCUGGCCUUCCUGUGGCGUUUCACCUCCCCCAUCGCAGGGCAGCCCCACAGCACGGCCUUCUUCGGCCUCGCCUUCUGCCUGGCCCUGGUGGACUGCACCUCCUCCGUCACCUUCCUGCCCUUCAUGGCCCGGCUGCAGCCCAGCUACGUCCCCACCUACUUCCUGGGGGAAGGCCUCAGCGGGUUCCUGCCAGCCCUCGUGGCCUUGGCCCAGGGCGCCGGCGUCGCCAGGUGCGCCAACGUCAGCGAGACCCAGUAUCUCCCGGCCAACUUCUCCACCCACCUCUUCUUCCUCCUCCUCGCAGCCAUGAUGGGGGCCUGCCUCGCCGCCUUCUUCUUCCUCACCAGGCUGCCCGCCGCCUGGGAGCUGUCCAGACAAAACUUGUGUCCUAGCAACAUCAGCCUGCACUCCUUUCAGGAAAUCCCCGGCGACAGCCCCCAGUGGCCUGGGGGAGGAGAGCCAGCGAGCACCGAGAAGGGCUCCGGCCCCUCACCCCCGGAGGGGGCUACCUACUCUCUGGCCACGUUUGCCUUCAUCUAUACCCUUGUGGCCUGGGUGAACUCGCUAACCAACGGGAUCCUGCCCUCCGUGCAGGCCUACUCCUGCUUGCCCUACGGCAACGUGGCCUACCACCUGUCUGCCACGCUGAGCUCCAUGGCGAACCCACUCGCCUGCACCAUCGCCAUGUUCCUGCCCAGCAGGUCGCUGGCCCUGCUGGGGGCGCUCUCGCUGGCCGGGACGGGAUUUGGGGCCUAUAACAUGGCCAUGGCCGUCAUGAGCCCGUGCCCCCUCCUGCAGCGCUCGCCGUGGGGCCACGCCAUCAUCGUCCUGUCCUGGGUGCUCUUCACCGGGAGCCUGAGCUACGUGAAGGUGAUGACCGGGGUGAUCCUGCGGAGCCGGAGCCACAGCGCUCUCGUGUGGUACGGGGCGGUAGAGCAGCUGGGGUCUCUGACCGGGGCCCUCCUCAUGUUCCCCCUGGUGAACAUCUACGGCUUCUUCAAGUCCGCCGACUACUGCAGCCUGCAGUGCCCAGCCUGAGCCUGGCCGGCCGGGGCUCUGAGGGGAAGCUCUGGCCAGGAACUUGCUGGCCAAUGACAUCGUGGACGCCAGCGACUUCAGAAAACGCCUCCCCCCCCGUUCGCUUUGGCUGGGGCCCUCUCCCGGCUGC